CAGCUGGAGUUUGGGAGCAUGAAAACCAAUGGCAAGGCCAUUGCUAUCCACACUCUUCUUUUCUUUGCCAUCUAUGCUGUUUUGAUUGUGGCCCUCCACAUCCAUAUCUAUACUGGCUGAAUCUGACCCUGAUGCUACUCCCCCACCGAAGAGAUAUUGUGCAGGAAACAAAGGAAGAGGGAUGUCGGGAGAUUGGGGGCCAGUAGUGGUGGCAGUGGUGCUGUUUGUGUUGUGUUCACCAGGGUUGCUGUUUCAGCUGCCUGGAAACAAAAGAGCAGUGGAAUUUGCUAACUUCCAGACGAGUCCAAUCUCCAUUUUUGUUCAUACCAUCAUAUUCUUUGGGCUAGUCACUAUCUUUGUGAUUGCUAUUGGCAUUCACAUUUAUUCAGGGUAGAAUAAUAAACUAUCCCCUCUUCUUCCAUUUCCAUGCUGCUUGUUCCAUUUUAAGACUUUCAUAAAGGGAUUCUUAUUAGUCUUCGAAACUGCCUACAUAAUUUUUACUUUCAAGAGAUAUCAAACAAUGCUUGCAUUA